UUUUUUUUUUCAAUUAUCUCGGUCGAAAUAAAUAAAUUAGAUAGGUCGCCAAUCCAACAAAGGGCGAAAAAAUUGUGGAGCAGAGGAAUCAAUUCGUCUUCAAUCUUUCUCUUUGAGCAGCAGAUCUUUCCGAUUUCGCGGCAGCCAUGGAAAUUGAGGUCUCUAGCUUGUCCCAUGAUACCGAGAACAAAGGAAAUCGCAUCGAUUUGGAUAGUAUUCGUGUCAAGCGUAAGACGUUGCAUAAAUUGCUUGAGGAUUGCCAGAAAGCUCUUGAGCUGCUUGAACUUACCGAUAAUCCUAGUCCUUCCGGCGAUGAUAACGGCGGCGAACAGAGUGAAUCACCGGAGGAAGAGGAGGAGGAUUCGGACAGGGAAGAGUCGUCUUCUUCUUCCGAUCCAGGAGAUCCUGAAGCUGAUAACUUUUAUGAUCUCAUCAAGUCUAGAGUUGAAUGUAAUGAGUUUCGUGAAAGGAUAGAAUUAGCUCAAGUUUCAGUUCCUCAAGAUCUUUCUGAAGAUGGUAGCUCUUGGGACGUAGUUAGUGAAGAUGAUGUAUGGGGUGAGGAAUAUAUGGGUCAAACGGAAGAUGAUUAUGUCCUUGUUAGGGAAGAAGAUAUAGCAGACGGUAUCGCUUGUUUCAUGGCUACAUAUUUAUCAUCCCUUAAGCAGACUAAGGAUAUAUCACCUGAUCAGCUUCAGAAAGCACUUAGCACGAUGUUUUCAGUGAAGAAGAGAAAAGGGAAGCUUCGUAAAGCGUGGGAGGGAAGUAAAGUUAUUUACAAUGUAGCAUCAUGGAGCGCAACUGCGAUAGGGAUAUAUCAAAACCCGAUGAUCCUGAGUAUUGCAUCAAAAGCCUUCUGGAUGUCGUGCCAGGCUAUAUCAAAGCUUGUCUGAAAGUAUAGACACUUGAUCGUACCUUACAACAGCCUUGUCUUGGCAAUGUUCUAUAUAUCAUUUAAUUAAUCUCUGUACAUAUGCCAUUUGUUGCUUCUUCAAUCUCUGUCUGUGAUAUCCUCCUCCCUUUUCCAUUGUAUCCUGAACAUGCAAUCUUAAUGAUUCGUUUGAUCUCUCAAUUUGAUAUGCCAGCUUGUUCUGAA